AAAAAAGAAAGUGGGAGGUGACGUGAACCAAACAUUUACUCACGACAAGGCUCUUCAUAUUUCAUCCAGAGGAGCGCAUGGAUUCGGGCUCAGGCACACUGCCCGCCACUGUUCUGGAUGCUGCACAGACUGAAUCAGGAGGCUGUCCCUCAAUCUGAACAUAAUUAUCGUACAUAAUACUGAUAGCUGCAACUGUGACAGCUUGAACUAAGCAGACAGAGGAACAGUGCAGGAGCUGUUGUUUCGUGUACAGUACCGGUGUAGACAGUACGGUGGAGAUGGAGCGGUGGAAAGGCAGAGUGGCCCUGGUGACCGGAGCCUCGGUGGGGAUUGGAGCGGCUGUAGCCCGGGCACUGGUCCAGCAAGGCAUGAGGGUUGUCGGCUGUGCCAGGAGUGUCGACAAAAUAGAGAAGCUGGCAGCAGAAUGUCAGAGUGCAGGCUACAGUGGCACACUGAUCCCUUACAAGUGUGACCUGUCCAACGAGGAGGAGAUCCUGUCCAUGUUUUCAGCAAUCAAGACGCUGCACAAGGGCGUGGACGUAUGCAUCAACAAUGCCGGGCUGGCCCACAAUGAGCCCUUGCUCAGCGGAAAGACAGAGGGCUGGAGGAACAUGAUCGACGUGAAUGUCUUAGCCUUGUCUAUCUGCACCCGUGAGGCGUACAAGUCAAUGAAGGAGAGGAAUGUGGACGAUGGCCACAUCAUCAAUAUUAACAGUAUGGGUGGGCAUCGAAUGGUGCCUAGUGCUGAUGAGCAUUUCUACUGUGCCACUAAAUACGCUGUGACUGCUUUGACUGAGGGGAUACGGCAAGAACUUCGAGAAGCAAACACCCACAUCAGAGCAACAUGUAUAUCUCCUGGAAUAGUGGAGACUGAGUUUGCCUUCCGGCACCACAACAGUGAUCCAGAGAAAGCAGCUGCAGUGUAUGAAAGUAUGAAGUGUUUGAAAGCAGAAGACAUAGCCAGUGCAGUCACAUUUGUCCUCAGUGCCCCUCCUCAUGUCCAGAUUGGAGAUGUGCAGAUGAGGCCAGUAGACCAGGUGUCAUAGCAGUGAAACAGGAAGCUGCAGGAGGAGCAGACAGACAGCAGCCAUGGUGACUCCUUAGCGACCUCUGCUGGGUAAGGGUUGGGGGGUGGGGUGGGGGAUAAAACAAAUCAACUACAGCUGUGUUGGCUCUGCAAGGACGUGGUCAAAGAGGGCUGGAGCCUUAAGGAGGCUAUGCGAGGAAAUGAAGGGCGUGGACUUUGUGAACCACUAUAAAAAUACUACUGAAUGCAGCCACCUGGUAUUUGUUAAUUGUUGAGCCCAGUCCUGAACUGAGCUAACUCCAAAACUACAGUAGGAACAAAUAACAAAGGAGAGAGUUGCUGCUGUGCUAUGUGGUCAUCUCCAUGGUCAUCACUUCAGAGGGAAGAGUAUGCCAUUGAUUGCACGUUUUCUUUGUUUUUGUAGGUCAUAUGACAUAUCGUUUUUGAAAUUGAAUGGAAGGAGUAAUUGCUGUUUGUAAGAAUGACCUUUUCUUGUUUAAUUUUUGUUUUAUAACUAUUUAAACUUUUGAUUAUAGAUAGAAGUGGUCUCAUACUCACUAACCAUAGACAAUGCUAUGUCCUACCGACUGUAACUAACCAUCAACAGUCUGUCCAUCCUGACACCUUUACUUACCGUAUGUUCUCACAAACACAUUCAGUUACCCUUGUUUGGAUCUAUCCAGGUUUCAACCCCAUUGUAGGAAUCAGGAAAAGUACAGGGGCCCUUGUUUGUUAAGCACAUGGGUUUCUACUAUCCACCUUUUUGCCUGUGUAAUUUCAGUCGUUCUGCACUUUUGGAUUCAUUUAUGAGGAAUUAUAAGAAGGAAACACUGGCAACUUAUAUAGAAGAAACUAACUAUGUGUACAUACCCUAGAAAUGUGUACCUUUUCAGUGGAAGUUUCUCCUUUAAAUGAAUAAAUAAAAACAAUUGCCCAGAAGUAA